AUGCUGCGCUCCUCAAUUGCUCCGGGUCGGCAGCUGCUGUCUGGCCCCGUUCGCCAACGGUUGCCUUCUCAAUGGCUGUCCAAGGCCGGCGCUAGCAGCCGGCUCUCGGGUCAGCGAUUCUUCGCCGACUCCAAGCCUCCUGCGCCUGGUAGCCCCACGCCCGUCACGCCUUCCUCUGAAUCGAGCGUCCCACGUGAGACUGUGCCCAAGCUCGCCGAACAAGAACCCAAGGCUCUCCCGUCUACUUCUGCGGCUGCGCCUCGCAAGAAUGGUCGUUUCCGCCGAUUCCUCUUGUACCUAAUUCUUACUUCCGGCUUCGCCUAUGGCGGUAGCAUCUUCCUAGCCCUCAAGUCCGACAACUUCCACGACUUCUUCACUGAGUAUAUUCCCUACGGCGAGGAAUGCGUACUCUACUUCGAGGAGCGUGACUUCUACCGCCGCUUCCCAAACGCCUCGCGCCACCAAAACCGUAUCACUGCUGCGUCUCGGGACGAGGGCAAGUCCGUCACAAUCCCCAGCAAGAGCGGUCUGUCGUGGAGAGUCUCUGCUGAGCAGUCUGGAAGUGAUGUCUCCAAAAGCGGUCCUCACAUGAGCUCUCAGGCCCACGAGGGCCAGACCAAGACCGAAAGUGCCUCGCCGCAGGACCGCAAUGCGGCUGUCCUCAAGGCUAAGGAAGACAAGGCCACGGACUCAACAGGUCAGAAGGAGGGAAAGCCUGCCCUGAAGAAGGAGGAGAAGCCUGUCUCUCUCGACGAGCCUCGCCAGCCCGCUGUUGCUGUUAGCCACAUCGAGCUGCUCAAGGCGCAGGAGGGUGAUGAGACUGUGGUGCAGGAGCUGGUCAAGACAUUCAACGACAUCGUCUCCGUUAUCAGUGCCGAUGAGAAUGCCGGCAAGUACUCUGCGCCCGUCGCCAAGGCCAAGGAGGAGCUACAGAAGAUUGGCGAGAAGAUCUCCGCCAUUCGUACUGAGGCGGCUAAGGCCGCCCAGGAGGAGAUUACCAAGGCUCACAACACUUUCGACGAAUCGGCUCGGGAACUCAUUCGCCGUUUUGAGGAGAUGCGCAAUGCCGAGGUUGCCCAGUUCCGCGAGGAGUUCGAGGCUGAGCGUGAGAAGCUUGCCCUGGCUUACCAAGAUAAGAUUAAGACCGAGCUUCUCCGUGCCCAGGAGCUCGCUGAGCAGCGCCUGAAGAAUGAACUUGUUGAGCAGGCCAUUGAACUCAACCGCAAAUACGUCCACGAGGUCAAGGAUCUGGUUGAGCGCGAGCGUGAGGGUCGUCUUGGCAAGCUAGAUGAGCUCACCGCCAACAUCACUGAGCUUGAGCAGUUGACUACCGGCUGGAGCAGCGUCAUUGACACCAACCUGAAGACCCAGCAGCUUCAGGUUGCCGUCGAUGCCGUUCGCUCUUCUCUCGAGCGCGCCGAGGUUCCCCGUCCGUUCGUCCGUGAACUUGUUGCCGUUAAGGAGCUGGCUGCCGACGAUCCAGUUGUUGAUGCCGCUAUUGCCUCCAUCAACCCCACUGCUUACCAACGCGGUAUUCCCUCCACAGCCAUGAUCAUGGAGCGGUUCCGCCGUGUUGCCAGCGAGGUUCGCAAGGCUAGCUUGCUGCCCGAGGAUGCUGGUAUCGCAAGCCACGCUGCUAGCCUGAGCAUUCUCCUCCGCACUGAGAAUUUGCUAGAGGAGGGCAACGUCGACGCUGCUGCCCGUGAGAUGAACGGCCUUCAGGGCUGGGCCAAGAUUUUGAGCAAGGAUUGGAUGGCAGAUGUUCGCAGGGUUCUUGAAGUUAAGCAGGCUCUUGAGGUCAUUGAGACCGAAGCCCGCCUCCAGUGCUUGCGGGUUGAGUAA